AUGGGGUGGCGCAGUGGGGGCAGGGACGGUAGAAGGAAGCAAGUGAGUAGGGUGGGGGCAUGGGUGUGUGUGCAAGUAGCACCAGAUUUGGUAGGGAAGAACGAGAAGGUGGGGGCAUGGGCGGAUGAACCAGAAGCGGCAGGCACGGAAGGGAAGGACGAGGAGGUGGGAGCAAGGGCAGCAGCAGAAGGGGAAGAGAAGGACGAGAAGAAGGGGGCAGGGGCGUGUGGACUGGUAGCAGCCGGCGUGGAAGGGAAGAACGAGCAGGUGGGGGCGGGAGCGUGUGUAACAGCAGCAGCGAAGGUAGAGAAAAAGGAAGUGCAGGUGGGGGCGGGAGCGUAUGUAACAGCAUCAGCGAAGGUAGAGAAAAAGGAAGUGCAGGUGGGGGCGGGAGCGUAUGUAACAGCAGCAGCGAAGGUAGAGAAAAAGGAAGUGCAAGUGGGGGCGGGAGCGUGUGUAACAGCAGCAGCGAAGGCAGAGAAAAAGGAAGUGCAGGUGGGGGCGGGAGCGUGUGUAACAGCAGCAGCGAAGGUAGAGAAAAAGGGAGUGCAGGUGGGGGCGGGAGCGUGUGUAACAGCAGCAGCGAAGGUAGAGAAAAGGGAAGAGCAGGUGGGGGCGGGAGCGUGUGUAACAGCAGCAGCAAAGGUAGAGAAAAAGGAAGAGCAGGUGGGGGCGGGAGCGUGUGUACCAGCAGUAGCAGAGGCGGAAGGGAAGGACGAGAAGGGGAAGAAGUAG